UCAAAUAUGUAUAUUGAUUGUGCAAUUAAUUUCUAUUUACGCGAAUAAUUUUAAUUAAUUCCCAUCUAUUUACACAUACAAUCGAAGUAAUAACAUGUUAAAAAUGAAGUGAAUUACUAUGUCGUGUCUUCCAUUCUAAAAAUCAAUUGAUGUAGGUUGUUUUGUGUUUGUUUGUUCGAGUUUCCAUGAUCUCGUCAUUUGUUGUGAUUAAGUAGCCAGCUUUCCAUUAGAAUUAUGGUGGAAAACGGUGCAUCAAGUGGGGGCAGUGAUAGCCCCAGUGCAACAUGCGCUCGUUCUGGUCUUCUGGAAACGUUAGUGCGUGGUGUGUGGUACAGAGUGCAUUGCUCAUUGGAAGACGAUUAUCUGAGUGUGUGUUUGGACGAUGGUUACGAUGCCACCACUACUCUUAACGGGACACUCAAUAACAAUAAUGUAGAGACUCCUAACAGUGACUUCACUGAAGUACCCGAAACCAUUGCAAAUCAAAAACGUUUAGUGCAAGUGGUGAAGUCGGAUAAUAAUGGCUUAGGAAUAUCAAUUAAAGGGGGUAUAGAGAACAAUAUGCCAAUAUUGAUCUCUAAAAUAUUCAAAGGUAUGGCAGCAGAUUUAACGGAACAGUUGUAUGUAGGUGAUGCAAUAUUGUCUGUUAACGGUGAGGACCUGAAAGAUGCAACACAUGAGGAAGCAGUAAAAGCUCUGAAACGAGCAGGAAAAAUGGUUCAGUUGGAAGUAAAAUAUCUGCGGGAAGUCACACCAUACUUCCGUAAGGCUUCUAUCAUAAGUGAAGUUGGAUGGGAACUGCAGCGUGGUUAUAUGGCAGAGGCUCCUCCGUCCCCACCGUCCCCACGCCGUCGACGUGCAGAUACCCGCUAUGUGCCUUUGUUGAUGGCUUGUGUAGCCAAGAAUCUUCGGCACCAUGAUCCAGAAGAUCGCACGAUCGAGGUUUACUCGCCGGACGGCGUACACGCGCUGGCGCUCCGUGCGAGUUCUGCGGGUGCGGCCGCGGGCUGGCACCGUGCGCUGCACGCAGCUGCACGACGAGCUGCACGUGCUGCUCUCGCGCGUGCGCGGCCACGCUUGCGUCCGCUGCUGGGAGACGUGCGCUACGCCGGCUGGCUAGCGCGCCGACCGCCGCAAGACCACAUGAGCGCCUCGGGUGGUUCGGAUAGUUCUGAUGAAGCGGAAGGUUGGCAACCGACGUUUGUCGCCAUUACAGACCGAGAAUUAAGGUUGUACGAAGCGGCGCCGUGGUCGGGCGAGGCGUGGUGCGCGCCCACCGAGAGCUUCGUGCUGGCGGCGACGCGGCUCGCGUGGUGGCGCCGCGGGGGUGCGGGGGCCGGCGCGGGGAGCGGCGCGGGGGGCGGCGCGGCUGCGCUCGGCGUGCGCGCGGGCACCGCAGCCGGCGUCGCAGUGCGCGCGCUGCGUGCGGACACGCCGCACGAGCUGGCGGCGGUGGCGGGUGCGCUGGUGGACGGCGCGCACGGCGCGGUGCGGGCGCCGGCGGAGUUCUCGUUCGCGUGCCGGGUGCGCGGUGCGGGCGCGCGGCUGGCGCUGGGCGCGGCCGGCGUGCUCGUGUGGGACGCCGCUGCCUCGCUGGGCCGCGCCGCCGCACGCGCGCUCUACCGUCGCCCGCUGCACGCGCUGCGAGCUUCCGCAGACGACGACCGACACAUGCUCUGGCUGCACUUCGCCGACGAUGACACGCUUGAGCUGGAAAUGGAGGGUAGUCCUAAGCCGGCCGUAUUCAUUCUGCAUAAUCUUCUAUCAGCGCGCGUUCACUCGCUACCGACGACCGAGGCGACCGAAGCAAAUCCACUAUAACCCGAGCCGACCAGCUAGCAAAACAAUCUGGUAAUCUCCUCUUGAAUCUCUUAUUGUCUCCGCCUAUACACAAACAUCCUAUUAGAAAAGUGCGAAAUUUAUAUCCACUGUUUGAAUAAAUGUCAAACCAAUAAUGAAAAGUGUAUUAAUAUUUUUAUUUGAUAGCAACAUUGUUAUUUGUAAUUUUUAUUUGCAUGUACCUAACAUUUUCUCUCUCAUUUGCUAUAAUACUAAAUCAACUAAUUAUAACAUUUACUUUACGAAUUACCAGAAGAUAUGAGUAAGAACGAAAUAAUAGGCAUUCUGUAAAAUUACUCUUAAUGAGGUAGUUAUAUAGAAGCAAAACCCUCAUUUAAUGGACGUUUUUUGUAGCUAUAUUAAUGUUUUCUAUGAUUCAAAACAUUUUUAAAUUGUUUACAUUUGUAUGGAAUGUACGAGCAUAAGCAUAAUUUACACUUUUACAAUAAAGAUAUAGUUAAUAGAAUUAUUUGUCUAUAGGCUCUGAUUACAUCACAGACAUAUUAUGAAUGUAUAAAUAGACGCCGCAAUGUAUUAAUACUCACCGUCAAGGAUAAUAAGUGGAAUUUUUUGUCGUCAUCAUAAUUCAACAAUAGUUGCUCGUUACAAAACAAAGAGACCGUGUACUAGGCGAAUACAAAAAAAAUCGUAGACCGGGUAAAUGUUCCCUUGUCUAUUUAGAUUGAGGUGUAUAAAAAGUACAAAAAUAUUUAUGUUCAGUGAUAGUAGGCUUAAUAUGUAAUAGAAUUAAAGCCAUUCGUUAUUAAUUCCUAUACAUUUUAUCCCAAGUAUUUACUGAACAAUUGUCGUACUUUUGUAAGUAUGAGACAAUAUUAUUUCGCCACUGCUGUAAAUUUUACUUGAGUUUUAAAAAUUCUAUGAUGUUGUUGUUUUUCUAUUUGCUGUGUAGGUAGGCAAAGGUUUCUAGAACCAUACAGCCAUCGGUAUUUUUUUUAAUGAUUCAGGUGGUCAUAAUUACAAUUAUGAAAAUAUACCAUUAAUGAUUACAUUUAACCAAUUACACGUUAUGUAUAGGUGCUAGCUAUUGCACGGAAAUUCGCGUCAAUUUGCUUAGGACAUGUUUAAUUUUUUUAACGUCGUUGUUUUGCGGCAUCUAUUUAAUUAACUCUGUGGAUUACUCUGUAAACAUAAGAAAUAGUGAAACAUUUUUAGAUGAAAAGUCUUGAAAAGAUUGAACGUAAAGACAGCUUUCGUAAUAUGUCGUCUCGAAUACUCUUUAAAAUUUAAGCUUAUGUUUAAAAGUUAUGAGAUAUAUGUAUUAGAGUAGUAAUAGAAUUACGUUAUUAUUGCUUAAAAAUAUUUACCAAAAGUGAAGCAGUUCUCCCAAUCUGUUAAGUAACAGUUUACUAGGAAGUGUGUGUAACAGAUUAUAACUAAUUUGUGGAAAUGUAAACUUGAUAUUUCAUUGACUACGAGUCUUGACUGUAAUUUUAAAUGAAACUAAAAGGUCUAGACUACAUUACAAAUAAUUAUAAUCUACUAUUAUAAACCGUAUUUCGAAAAGCUAAGAGACCUAACUUGAUAUUUAAAAUAAGUUGUUAACACAUGCACAUUGUAUUUGUGCAUAUAUUGUGUUGUACUAAAAAUAUUGUUUCCCUUGUUGUUAUCCAUUCGCGUAUUUAAAGGAGUGUCGUAUACAUGUAUGCCACUUCUGCUCGUUAUUUUUAUUCUGAAUACAUUAAGACAUAACAAAUUAGUAUUUCAGUAUCCAGUUAAAACUGGUCUAUACGACCUAUUCUUCUAUCAACAUAUCUGUGCUGACUCUAUUAUCUAGGAAUACAUUAUACCAUAUCAUAAUGUGGUAUUGAAACCGCCUAUUUUGUAUAUCCUAUAUAGGAAGACCACUAGGUCAUUGUUCAGUGUCUUAGUAGUAUCCAGACAGUAUUUCAGCCUUUGUGACCGUUAAAAAAGUAUAUCAUUCCAUUAAACUUAAGUCUUUACAUGAUUAGUAAGCAUGAUUGAAAUACGAAAUGGUGUACAUAUCGCAACAUUAGUUGGAAAUGAUAAUAAUUCAGAAUACACACCAAAUUAAAUAGCAACACAAUAUAUAUUUGUGUUGUUACAAAAUAAUUAGAUAACUUACCAACUCUAUUAAUUAUAAUUAUCUUACUAUUGUUAUAGUAAGUUACAUUCGAUAACAAUUUAUAAUUAAUUGAUAUCGAUAAUGGUGGGACAAAGGCAGUAAGAUUAUGAUAGUUAAAUGAUAAGUCCGAUCAGUAGGUUCAUAUGAAAUCUGUACCAAAUGAAAACGGAUUCAAGCUUAUGACAUCUACAGUAAAAUACUCGUAAUUAUAUAAUUGAUGUCGAAUUACAAUUUAUUAAAAUAAUAUUCUUUUCGUUAUUAUCGUCGAGUUGUUACGGAAAAUUGCAUACUAAGGAAAUUUUAAAAUGUCAUUCUGUUACUUUAUUUUUUUAAUACGCAUGUUAAAGACAUACAUUUAGAGAUUGUUAGUUCAGAUUAGCAUACGAUGUGUUUUAUACCUACAUGUAAUUGUUAUAUUUAGUAAUAAUUUUUUGAAAUAUAGUAAAAAUCUCGUACUCACAAGCGCUUACUUACUACUUUGACCAAACAAAAUUGUUUAUUAUAUUCUUUUUAUUUACGAAUUGCUCGUCUCCUAAGAUAUAGUAGCGCUAGUUAUCUAUAAAGCACGGUCAUUCGCUUUGGGUAUGAAAUUUUUACCGUAUGUUUACAGUACAAUAAACUGAUAUUAACUUCCAAAGAACGAAUCUCAUGUAAUUACUUUUAAUUAACUUUGUAUAUUAUGCGAUCAUAUAAGUUUAAAAAGGGAGGCCGGAGACAAAGAAAUCGAACACUAAUGGUGUCAUGUUGCGUAUGUUUUAUUCUGGAAUUGAAUAAUUUUUUAGUUCUAUUCUUACCGCGUUGCUGAGUUUCCGAUUACGAAUAAGACUAAGUAUAUUGAAUUCUCAGUGUAACGGAAACUCAUAUAAAAUAAUUUAAAUCGUUAAAUGACACUCUAUUGGUAUUAGUCGUGGAUGCCGGUUUAUGGUGGUCAUCUAACUCUUCCAAUUCAGAACCCUCUCCAAAACUUGUCUAAAUACUUUAUGCACGGAAAAUAAUAACGUCCUGCCAAUGGGGUAGUUUUACUUUUAUCAAAUUUGAAGUUUUUUGUACUAGCGCUUUUUUCUUCGUUUCAUAUUCACAUACGCUGCAAAAUGGGGUUUUCCCGCUUGGGAUUUUUCACCAUAGGAAAUAUAAUAUUUUGUUAUAUUUUAAUUACUAAAUAAUUACAAAUG